AUGUCAAGACCAUCCUACAACUACACCGUGGAGACCCCUGCCUCCUUCUUCCUCAUGGGUGUCCCAGGUUUACAGUCUUCCUAUCUUUGGCUGGCCAUCUCACUGAGUGCCAUGUACAGCAUCACCCUCUUAGGAAACACCCUUAUUAUUAUUGUGAUCUGCAUGGAUUCCACUCUACAUGAGCCCAUGUACUUCUUCCUAUGUGUUCUGGCUGCUGUGGAUGUUGUUAUGGCUUCUUCUGUGGUACCUAAGAUGGUGAGCAUCUUCAGUUCAGGAGACAGCUCCAUUGGCUUUAAUGCCUGUUUCACUCAGAUGUACUUUGUCCAUGCGGCCACUGCUGUGGAGACAGGACUGCUACUGGCCAUGGCCUUUGAUCGCUAUGUGGCCAUCUGCAAGCCCCUACACUAUAGGAGAAUUCUCACAGCUAGACUGAUGCUAGGAUUGUGUGUGACUAUUGUCCUCAGAGCUGUCAUUUCCAUGACUCCUCUGAGUUGGAUGUUGAGUCAUUUGCCAUUCUGUGGCUCGAAGGUAGUUUUCCAUUCUUACUGUGAACACAUGGCUGUAGCCAAGUUAGUAUGUGCAGACCCCAUGCCCAGCAGUCUGUAUAGCUUGGUUUGUUCUUCUAUUAUUGUGGGCUGUGACGUGGCCUUCAUUGCUGUCUCCUAUAUUUUGAUUCUUAGGGCAGUAUUUAAUCUGUCCUCGAAGAAUGCUCAGUUGAAAGCAUUAAGCACAUGCGGCUCUCAUGUGGGAGUUAUGUGUCUUUUCUAUCUUCCUGGGAUCUCAUCCAUAUAUAUAGCCUGGUUAUGGCAGGAUGCAGUUCCCCUGCACAUCCAAGUGCUGUUAGCUGACUUGUACCUGGUCGUCCCACCUACUUUGAAUCCCAUCAUUUAUGGCAUUAGGACCAAGCAAAUCCAGGAGCGAAUAUGGGUGCUGCUGACUUGUUUCUUUAGACAUGGUUCAUGA